AUGGCGGGUGUUGGAAGGGGGAUGGGGCGGGGCAGUGGCGAUGGCGAUGGCGGGUUGCGAACAGUGGGGGUCGUCGCCGGCGUCCAUAUCCCAUUCCCAGAUCAAGAGGCUAUUCUCGCGUGUCAUGGGAGAGGUCAUGGCAGCGGCAGUGCAACUAUCCCCGUCGGCCGUUCAUCGGGAGGACAAGCAACGGGAUUUCUGGAUGACAUCAACCGAAGCGGAUUUGCCACCGGGGUGGCUCGUCAGGGUGGCAUAAGCAGAGGCCCGGAGGUUCCACUGCCGAUUAAAGAACCAACUAAAGGUAAUGCAAAUGAUGUAACAAACAUAUGGUGUCAUGGGAAAUCAUUGGAAGGACAAGCAUGGGAGUGUGGAUAUUGUGCUUUACUUAGACAUGGUGGGGGUGCAACCCGAUUCAAGCAGCAUAUAGCUGGAUUGGGCCCUCAUGUCUUCUCUUGCAUGAAUGCACCUCAUCAUGUAGUUGCCAUUUUUCGGAAAGCCAUUCCAGAGGGAGAGGCCCGAAGGAGGACUUCCAAAGAAGGAAAGAAAAGAGUGGUGAAGAUGAAGAUGAUGAGAUACUCCAGCAGACCCUACGAAAUUCAUUACGUGGAGAUCAUGGGAGAACCAGCGUUGUUAAAGGAAGUGUAG